CCUCAGGAAAGUUGCAUGGCAUAUCUUCAGCAGUUGUUGGAUCUCCAAUAUGGAAAUCUCAGCAAGAAGUCGAUGGUGCGUCCCAGCGACGAUGCCUGUGUCCUUGUCGCCGUCAAUGCCCCUGCUGAAACGCAGCUCCGUGUUCGUGGAGGCAGCACAGCCGUGCAUUCCAACUACCCACACCACCACCCUACAUCCAAAUUUCCGCCUUGUCCAUCCGGUGCCAACUACCCAGCUAGCUAUCUAUACGAGUCCGUGCGUGCAUUGCAUUGCAUUGCGCCUCGGCUCAGAUACACCCAGCAGCUAGCUAGCACAGAUAGCGACGACGACGCCGCCGCCGACGACGACAUGGCGGGGUUGGUGAAGAUCGGGACGUGGGGCGCCGGCGACCACGGCAGCGCCUACGACAUCACGGUGGCGCCGCAGCGGCUGGAGAGCAUCUCCCUCCGUUACGGCAAGAUCAUCGACUGCAUCGCCUUCUCCUACAGGGACCGGGACGGGAAGCUGCACGCCGCCGGGCCCUGGGGCGGCGCCGGAGGCGUCAGCGACGAGGUGAUCACCCUGGGCGCUCACGAGUACGUGACGGAGGUCGCCGGGUCCGUCGGCCCCAUCGGCGACCUCACCCACACCAUCACCUCGCUCAAGUUCGUCACCAACCGCGGCACCUACGGGCCCUUCGGCCGCGGCGACGGCACGCCCUUCAACGUCCCCGUCCUCAACAACGGCAGCGUCGUCGGCAUGUUCGCGCGCGCGGACCAGUACCUCGACGCCAUUGGCUUCUACGUCCUCCCCUUCUGAUUUGAUCUUGCUUUGUUGGGAUCGGAUCGAUCAACACGGCCGGCCGCCUGGAUGUGUCGUGUUUCGGUGAUCCGUGUAUGUUCCUCGAUCAUCCGAUCCCUUUCUCUGCAUGUUGGCCCGACAUGGACCACAGUGCUUGGAUUGAGUCUGAUGAUUUAACUGUGGAUAAAACGUCUUUUUUUUUGCGCUA